AUGUCUGUCUCUGGUGGAUCUUUUGCUGUACUGUGUGUUCUGGGCACCAAACAUUUUCAUCUAUUGGUCUUGUCACCAUGUCUUCCCAUCAGAUUCAUCAACAGUAUAGAAUUCAAAAACCAAACAGAUGUUUCCAAAUUCCUUCUACUGGGACUAACAGAGGAUCCGGAAUUGCAGCUCCUUGUAUUUAGCCUGUUCCUGAUCAUGUACCUGGUCACUGUUCUUGGAAAUCUGCUCAUUGUCCUGGCUGUCACCUCUGACUCUCAUCUACAUACCCCCAUGUACUUCUUUCUCUGCAAUCUGUCCUUGAAUGACAUCUGUUUAAGCACAGCUACCAUUCCAAAGAUGCUGGUGAACAUCCAGACACACAAUCAGAGCAUCACUUUUACAGGCUGCCUCAACCAGAUUUUUUUUGUCCUCGUUUUUGGGUUUUUGGAAAACUUUAUUCUUGGAGCAAUGGCCUAUGACCGCUAUGUGGCCAUUUGUUACCCACUGAGGUACAACAUCAUCAUGAAUCCCUGCUUCUGUGGCAUGGUGAUCCUCCUUUCCUUGCUCAUUAGUAUGAUGGUUGCCUUGCUCCAGAGUUUGAUGGUUUUUCACCUGUCUUUUUGCACAAGCCUGGAAAUUCCUCAGUUCUUCUGUGAGCUUGCUCAGGUCCUCAGACUCUCCUGUUCCAGUACUCUUAUUAAUAACAUCCUAAUAUACUUUGGAGCUUGCCUACUGGGUGGUAUUCCUCUGUCUGGAAUCAUAUUCUCUUACACUCAGAUUGUCUCCUUGGUUCUGAAGAUACCAUCAGGUGAUGGAAAGUAUAAAGCUUUUUCCACCUGUGGUUCUCACCUCUCAGUUGUUUGUUUAUACUAUGGGACAGGUGUUGGUGUGUACAUCAGCUCUGUGUUUGCACAGUCUGCCAGAAAGAUAACCGUAGCCUCAGUGAUGUACAUUGUGGUUCCUCAAAUGAUUAAUCCUUUUAUCUACAGCCUGAGGAACAAUGACAUAAAGGUAAGUUUGAGAAAACUCUUUGGUAGGACACCUUCCAUGUAG